AAGCUCCAGCUGGCAAUGCAGCUGAUGGGAAACAACGGGUUGCAGUCUCUCUUUAAGUUCUACUCUCGACUCAACCAGCUUCCUAGCCAGGGCGCCGUCUCGGGCGUGUUGGCGUCGGAGAACAACGCCAUCUCGGUGCACUACACGUUGACGAAGGGCGACGAGGUUCCGCCUCAGAGCGGCUACGACUAUGACUUGUUCUACAACUACGAAGUCCAGUUUGGCGAAAUCGAAGUCAAAAAUGGAUACCUAAUGGACUGUGUUGAAAAUUCCACCCCGCUCUGAUUAGACGAUAACGGACAAAUAUACCUCGAGCGAUU